AUGGAUUCUCAGAACUUGAACACCAGUGGUCGUGAUGCUUUCAAUAGCUAUGUUGAUGCUCUCCUCGAUUGCAUCCUGGCAAAGGAGACCGGCCUCUAUUCUAACCUCUCCAAGCCUGAGAUGCUCUUCUUCGGUCCCGAUGAGAAUACUGCUGGAUUCAUGAAGUUGGGUGCUUUGAGAGCCAAGGCUCGUGGUUACAAAUACUGGAAGUCUUUGACUACCGGUAAGUCCGCUGUCCUUGGUGGCAUCCCCCAUGACAAGUACGCCAUGACAACAAACUCCAUCCAUCCUUACGUUACCGAGCUUCUGAACAAGUUGGGUGUUGAGGAGUCUAAGCUCACCAAGGUCAUGUCCGGUGGCCCCGAUGGUGAUCUUGGUUCUAACGAGAUCCUCGUCUCUAAGGAUAAGACCAUUGCUAUCUGUGAUGGUACUGGUGUUGCUUAUGAUCCUCAAGGAUUGAACAGAGAGGAGCUCACUCGUCUUGCUCAUCUCAGAGUUGGUGUUGCUAACUUCUCUCGUGAUAAGUUGUCAAGUGAUCCGAAGGCAUUCUUGGUCACUAUUGACGAUAAGGAUGUAACUCUUCCGAAUGGUGAUCAUUUCAAGUCCGGUGUUGAGGUCCGGAAUCACUUCCCUGAGAUGGAGUACUUCUCCGCUGAUCUCUUCAUUCCUUGUGGUGGUCGCCCUGGUACUAUUAACAUUGAGGGUGCCAACUUAUUCUUGACUGAUGAUGCUCGUCGAUAUCUUGAGGAUGCUGGUGUGCAGCUAUUCAAGGAUGCUUCCACCAACAAGGGUGGUGUUACUUCCAGCAGUAUGGAAGUGUUCGCCGCUCUUUGCAUGGACACGGCUGAUCAUGACAAGUUCCUGUGUUCUCGUGAUGAGACCAGUGCUCCUCCUGAGUUCUACGAACAAUACGUUCAGGAGAUUCUUGCCGCUGUCCGUCAUAACGCCAAGAUGGAGUUCAAUGGCAUCUGGAAGACUAACCAUGAGGUGAAGUAUCCUGAUGGAUCGAGGUAUAUUCGUAAGACUGAUGCAACCAUCUUAUUGUCGAAGAAGAUCAACGACAUGCAGUCUUAUAUCCUUGGCGUCCUCGAGGAACAUGAUCCUGAGAAUGAUUGGAUGGUUCGUGCUGUUCUCAGACGUUGUGUGCCCAGGUUGCUUCUUGUUCAUUGUGGUUUGGAUAAGAUUGUCGAGAACACUCCCGAGGCUUAUCUCAAUGCUAUGGUUGCCACUUGGAUUGCUGACGAGUUCGUCUACUCUAAUGGUCUACAGACUAGCGAGUUCGGCUUCUUCCAGUUCAUGCGCUCGCUCGAGGAAAAGUCCGAGGGUGAGGUUACCCCUUCUACUAUGUGA